CGUCGAAACGGACACCCUUAUAGCGACUAAACUUCGGGAGCAAGCCAUUUUGUUGCCGCACCCAACUCUGGUGCGUAUAGAUUUCCAAGUGCCUCUCUCCAACCAUCCAUAUCGAUCUCUUCGUCGCAGACUUUUCUCUCAAGGCGUAUCGAUUGCAAUCGCAAAUGAAUCUGGUAUUUCAACUGCCAAAUAGGGCCAAAGUGGUUCUUCCUGUUGGUUCUGAGAGCAUUGAUAGUAUUAAGAGGGUGUUAACAAAAAAACAGGCAAUACCUUUUGAGUCACAAGUACUCAUCUACAAUGGAUUUCGUCUCGAAGGCCAACGAGAUUUUGCGUCCUAUGGACUUGUGGAGGAAGGAUUUUGCGUCCUGGUUGAUGUUGUUGAUAUGCGAUUCAACGAGUGCAUUGCCGUUGUAGUAGAAAUUUCUAGACAGGGUCCUGUGUAUAUCCCAAUACGCGAUGAGUCUGUGUUGGAUCUAAAGAAGAGGAUUGAAGAACUAUCUGUCGCACCUCUGUCGAGUUCCUCUCAGGUCCUAUUUUUGAAUGAUAUUCAGCUGAAAGAUGAUCAAAAGCUUUCGUCUUAUAGAAUUACCCAUGGGUCCGUCAUUGAAGUGUAUGACUUAGAAUUACUGGCAGAUCCUUUUGAACCAUUGUCUACAGGCAGUGAUGGGCUUUCAACACAAUUAGGUAUAGUACCCGCAGCUGAAUCAGCCCCUUCGACGGAUCAUGAGAGAGUGAGAGUGACAAUAUUAAUCCGGGGGGAGGUUUCUCCACUUAGACUCGUAAUAGGCUGCAAUGAGAGCGUUUUUGAAUUGAAGAAGAAGAUCGAACGGUCCUGUAGUUCACAUAUGCCCAGUUGUUCGCAAGUUUUAUUAUUCGAAGGUGUUGUGUUGAAUGAUGGAAGUACUAUUUCUUCUUAUAGAAUAAGCGAAGAUUCGUACAUUCGCGCCUCUAAUUCGGCAGUCCCUCCGAGCAGUGCUGGACAAAUAUCAGCAGCACAACAUUCAGUAUUCGGCUCUGCUGAAUCAACUCAAUCUGCAAACAGAUUAGACGCGUUCCUCCAAAGCAACGAGCAAUCAAUAAAGCAUAUUGAGACCAUGGGGGUUAGAAUAUAUCGGUUCAGAGAACGUGAUGGAGCUCGAACUGAGUUUUCAUGGGACAAUAUGGGCGGAUAUGCUGACCUAAAACGAGAAAUAGAAUUUAUAAUGUUGACUCUGCAAAGUCACGAGGUGUAUGAUGCUAUUUCUCGUGAGACCAGGAAUAAAUUUGAAAGAAACCGACCACUAGCAGUCCUUUUUGAAGGGCCACCGGGUACUGGGAAGAGUUUGUGUUCUUCCAUGAUAGCCAAUCAAGCGGUUGUGCCAGUGCUCGAAGUACCGAGAGGCAUUCUCAUGCCAAGCUUUAAUGAUCACAGUACUCACUUGUUACGGGAAGUGUUUUCACUUGCCAAUGAGCAUCCCAAUGGUGCCAUCAUUCUCCUAGAUGGGUUUGAUGCCUAUACUGUCGCUCGUGAUAGUGAAACACGUGAAGCUACAAUAAUAAUUGCAUCAGAGUUAUCAAGACUGAUUAAAAGUAUCGAGCAGGAUAAAAAAGUGGUGGUUAUUGCGGCCACCAAUAGAAAACAAGAUAUCGUUCCUGAUAUUUUAAUUCUGUUUGAUAGGUGCAUUUCAUUUAAGCUACCUGAUAAUCAAAGCCGCCAGGAAAUAGUAGCUUUAUUUGCGAAGCACUUAAAAGAAGCUGAUUUAGUAAAUUUUGCUGCAAAUACUGAAGGCAUGUCUGGACGCGAAAUUAAAGAUCUGUGUCGGGAAAUAGACAUGGAUUGGGCAACAAAGAUCAUUCAACACCAAGGACCAGUGGUUGGGUCUCUUCCGCCUCUCCGAGAGUACCUUCAGGCGAUCAGACAAAGAAACCCCAAUGGUAUGAUAUUUUGGUAUGGUCUUUUGACUACACUAUUUAAAGUAGGAAGUUAUAUUGUAUGUAGAAGACAGUAAAAUGAAGGACGUGUCAUGGUUGAUAAUGAAGGCGACUUUGUCUAUAGGGAAUAUUAGACAUUCUGAGAAAGAGGGAGGAAAGGGGGUUUACACGGUCAAGUUGGCACUAAUAGGAACAUGUGUGAGGUCACUUGGUUCUUCUGUAUAUGGAUCCAUCAUAGCUGCAGAGGACAGGUGCCAUAUGUCUUUAGUUAGUGUUUAUGUAGGCCACCAAUGCAAGAUCCUUAGUUCAUCUGAAUUGUCUUGUCUAUGCUGAGAUCCACAAUUGAAAAGGCGCACAUUGACAAUCACCGAGCUUCAUGAAGCUCCCUUUGUUCUGCUGUCAACUAUGGUUAUGAUUUAAGUGCCACUAUUGCAUAUUGUCAUAUAGUAUGCUUGUGACCAAGAAUUUUAAAGCCAAUCUGAGUUGCCUCUUAUCAACCUAAAUUAUAAUCCUGUAUCUUUUGCACUGUUCUUGUCAGGGUCAGCACUGAAAUGGUCCAUGUAACAGAGGGUCCCACUGAGUGAUGUUCCCAGAUUGCUAAAACAGUGUUUCCCACAUUGUAAAUGCUGACUAUAUAUAUAUAUAUAUAUAUAUAUAUAUAUAUUUAUUGAUAAGUAAAAUUUUGCAAAAGAUGACUGCACAACUGUAGCAGAGUUGUUGCUUCCCAAGUAGACAGGAUGAAGGCAUGUUGAGUUGAGCUGAGAUAUGACCAUUUGGCUUACAUGGUUGCUAAGAAUUGUCAUCAAGGAAUCUGAAUAACUCUGGGUGAUUGGGGAAGAAACGCUUCAGGUAGGGUGGCAAUAUGUUACAAUCUGCUAAUAGGUGUCCCAGGUUUGCCAUUCAGGUAUGUGGGCUGAUUUCAGCAUUGGUUCUGGUCUUUGAAUUAUUGGGGCUUAUAGAUUGAAAUGCUAUCACUUAAAAGAAAUAGUUUCUCAUUCAUAAUACAAUCAAAUAUUCACUGCAUGCAUUAUCACUUUUAAUUUACACAAGUAACACAACUACUGUACCCAGGGACAUUAAUUACCAAAUACUAUUUGGAAAUGGGCCUAAAUGAUUUUCCUCUCCCCUCAAUUGCACUAUACAGUGUGUAAUAUUUUCCCUUCAUGUGCCAAAUACCCCUCCCUCAUCCUCAUAUAAAUACAAAGGAACUUGUAGGGCUGCAAAUUAAGUGAACUAAGCCAAGCUUUGCAUUGUUUGGAGUCUGCUCACCAAACUUGCAGGCUUUCUGAAGAUUGGAUUGUGUUUGGAUCGUGGUUGUUAAAACUGCGACCCAACUCGUAGGAUCGUACUAACUAGCAAGUUAGAUGGUCAAGUUUGUACAACUGUCUUUACUUGGAAAUGAGAGUUUGGAAGUGGUUCAAGUUUACUUGGAACUGAGAGUUUGGAAGUGGUUAAAGACUUCAAGUGGCUGUUGAGCUUAGACACUUGUUCUGAUGAUAAACAGAGAGGGGGAUGAUAGCUUUUUUAAACAACAAGAUAAUACUGAUUUGAUUCAUUUUAAAUAAUUAUCAAUAUCAAAUUAGAUUUCAUUUUCUUUGUAAGGAAUAUUAUGAUGUUAUUUAUUCAAUUUAUCGUGGAGACAUAAGUAUAUUUCAAUCGUUGUCUAAUGCUGCAAUAUAGUUUCUCUCGGAGAACUUCAUUCUGCAUCAUGAAUGAAUUAUAAUUCUGUAUCUUUUGCACUGUCCUUGUCAGGGUCUGAGUGCUGAGAGAAGACAGGUCAGCAUGAAUGGGCUUUUCCUAAAUUUGAGUAAUGAGCUGAAGCUGCACCAAGGAAAAUUUUCAACUAGUUUCUAAUAUGGUAGCAUUUUACUCCCUACUCCGAGAUUAUGCACUGCGGUUGUUUGGUAAUGUUUACCUUCCUGGUAAAACUCUUUUGUCAGGCAUGACAGUAAUUCAGUGCUAGCAUCAGAAAUAAUGAUAAUAACUUUUGUGGACCUCAGCUCAGUCGCAUUUUUUUUCGAGUGAUCCACAAAUUUUAUAUGCUGAUAAUUAGCAGCUUUGAAACAGAAGGAUUUGGUAGUAGAAUUUGGUGUCAAGAGUUUGUAUGAAAACAUAUAAAGGUAAUGGAGGAAUGUUGUCAAAUUCUUUUACUUAGUUGUUAAACUUAGAAAUAAUAAGCAUCAAAUUAUUUUACUUUUGGACCUUGAAAUAACUUCCUUAGUUGCAGGGACUUAGAACCUUUGGAACCUUGCUUCGACAUUUGCCAUAAAAAAAACCCAUACAAUAGACAGCCCUUAAUGGAUCAGGUAAGUUGUCAAAGUUAGAACAGGAAAGGAAAAAGUAUUUUUUCCUUAGGACAGGUCUUGAUUCAGGGUAAAAGGAAAAAGCAUGUUCCUAUCGAGCUGGACCAGUCUUGAUUGAUGACUUGUUAUUGUAUGGACUUGGUGAUAUAGGAUGCUUCAGGUGGUGCUAACAAAACAUCAAGCACCACAGAUAACCCCAUGGCUUAAAGCACACAGAUAGCAUCAUUGUUGUCAACUCCAUUUACAUGGAGAAAUUGUUAGAUGGUCCCAAUCUGUGACACAACCAAAUGUGUCAGCUUUAUUAGCUUUUUGGUUGCGUGGCAACUUGUGAUUGGCCGGGAAUAUUUCUCAUUUACAAGAGAGAUAACAAAAAAAUUACGUAAAUUAUUAUUAUUAUAAAUUUUUAGGAGAAUAUGCUUGUGAUUCGCAUCUCUUAUUUACUUUGUUAGUAAUUGCUACUCUAUUGUGCCUCUGGAAUCGCUGGUGGUAUUCUCCAAGUUCUUCCUAAAUUGACAUUCUGCUCAAUUAAGCCUUUAGCAAAUUACUAUUGCUUGUGCCAACUUUGUCAUGGCAAAUGAUUUGUAUUGUAUCCUAAUUCAUGCGGAAAUAUUGGCUUAUACUCACUCAGUCACGAAGAACUGAUUAAUCGACCAGGGAAAAAAACAAUUUUAUUUUUGGGUAAGGAACCAGGAAAUGCAAUAUUGUUCGUGCCUAGCCCACUUGUUUUGUCUUGUUAUAGAACUAGAACAUUGGAUUAUGUUUGUUUGUAAUUCAGCAGAAUGUUUCACGACCACAUGGCCCUAAUUUUUUGUAUGGAGGUAGAGAAAUGCUUUAAAACAUACAUAUUUUUUUUGUGGCCUUGCUUGUAUCAUUAUAGGAUUCUGACAAUAUAAUAUA